AUGUCUGAUGAUCACCAGAUCUCAUAUCCCGUCCUCAACUCGGUGCUUCCCCAGCGCCCAGAUUCAUCGACCGACGACGUGAUUGAGGCCGUCCUUAGGGACCAGCAAGCGACCCCAGAUCUCGAUGACCGCCUCGGCUUUUUGCAGGCUAACGUCAACAGGAACUGGGAUCGCCUCAAUGACCUCUUUGAGCAUGUCAAGUCGUUGGACCGCGCCCCUGCCUUCAUUGCCAUCCAGGACCCUCCCUACGACUUUGCCACGGAUUCGAAGAGAGAACGCGCCGGCUAUUGGUGUGAGGCUCAACAUGGCUGGCCGAAACUCGAAUCCAAGGACGAGGUGGAGAUGGAGAACAACGUGCCAGUGCUAGCCUCGAGCCGCGAAGCUGUCGCCGACUAUUGCAUUCUUUUGGGCGACUUCAAUCUUCGUCAUCGGGCCUGGAGCGACCGACACCUUUCUGAUAGGGCUACGAAGCAGCUGGAGAUCGAGACUCGACUUGCCGGAAUGCGUUGUCUUCUGAAGCCAAAGGACUUCACGUUCAAGCGAGGGGAGACGCAGACUACCAUCGACCUGGUUCUUCUCGGUGAAAGGCUCAAGGACCUUUGCGAGCUUUUUCACGUCACGAGGCCGCGUGGUUUUACCACGGACCACGCAGUACUCGAGACAGUCCUCAACGUGUCGCCCGAUCGGGAUCACACCCCGGUCCUCCAGAUUGACAAGGCAGACCCCGACGUCGUCCGGUCAGAGAUGGCCACUCGUCUCCUUGCCAAAUUUGGCGAUCCAUCUCACCUGCGUCAGCAUCAACUGUCCACCACCGACAAGCUCGACCAGUUCGCCAAAGCCUUUGUUGUGUCCGCCAAGGCCGCCAUCGAUGCCACCAUUCCCACCGUCAUCCGCAACCCCUGCGAACACGCGUGGUCCAAGAGAGACUUGCGCGAGGAACACGCACUUCGCGUCCUUUACCGGCAGAAAAGGGGGACUCGAGCCCACAACUACGCCUACGCGGUAUGGCUGGACGCCGUCAAGCAGACCAACCGUUUUAUGCGUAUCGCCAGCAACGUCAGGAAGCGUACCCGAAGCGCUCAGCAAGCCAAAGACCUCUCAAGCCUUUUUGCUAUGGCAAGAUCGGCUCGCUUCUACGGCAAGAUCAGGGCCUCGCCUCACAUGCCAUGGCUCAAGAAGCCGGACGGCACAGCCUGCGCAAGCUCCGAGAAGAACGCUCGCUGUUUUCGCGACGCGAUGUGGUCCGACACAAGCGAAGAGCGCCUGGCUCCUACGGAGUUGCCACCUACCCUGGUGCGAUCUCGUGCUUCAGCUGCAUCAGGCCACGCUCUGUCGACUCCUUCACGGAAAAAGUCAAAGCCGAAGAAGAAGAAGACCCGAAAGGAUAAGGAGACUACACUCUGGUUCACCCACAUCCAGCGUCGCUACCUCCACUUCCUCUGA